AUGGCUUGCGCCCACCAGCCACCCAUACAGAAGAUGGCACGUGACCAGUGGCCACCCGUGCUGGGAGAUGGCAUGCGCUCGCCAGCUGCCCACACACGAGAUGACACGUGCCUGCCUAGAGAUGACGUGCGCUGCCAGUUGACCGCGCUGGGGGGUGGUGCGCCCCCGCUGGCUGCCACAUGGGAGAUGGGACGUGCACCCCGCUGCCUGUGGGGGGGCAUGCACCCAGCCACCUGCAGUUUUGGGACUGCAACUUACUGUUUUAUAUGUAGAAGAUAUCAUCUUGGAAAGUGCUCUGUUAUUAUGAAGUCCUGCCACCUGAAAUAUAAACAGUCCUGUGCCAUUGAGAACAUUCAUGUAAUUACAAAAAAAGGUGAGAGUCAUUAUUUAUAUUCAAGGCUGUCAUGUAUGUACAACUGUGAAGACAUCAACUUCUUGGAUAAUGACAAGAGAACAGAACUCAUCUGUUGUAUACAUAGUAACUAUUGCAACCUUCCUUAA